GCAGAUAUCCUUGGCGUCUCGUGAUGCGUGGUAGAGGCAGCCCUGCCAGUAAAGUAUUGUUUGGGACAGCAUUUGCCCAGCAGAAAGUCUGGGCGCAUCAGCACCCAGAAAACUGCAGUGAGUCCAAGUUCUUGGUGUACUACCACUCGCGUGCAGGCAUUGGUUCGCAACUUCAUCUGCUGGGACAGGCUCUUGCUUUAGCAAUGCAUAUGGGCCGAGUUCUCGCGCUACCUCUCUCUGACCCGUCUAUGACUCUGAUCGACCAUACUUUCUGCCCAGACUCGCGCGGCUUCCAAUGCUGGCUAGAGAAUAUUACAUCCUGCACUGCUGGAGGAGAUGUUUUGACCAUAAGGGGAAUUCCGGAAGUCGCAAGAUUCACUAGAAAGGCAGUUCCUGAGGUGUUUCGGAAGAUGUUGCUACAGUGCUCCCCCAUCAAGCGGAGGUUUUGGUUCUACUGGUGGCGAGCCCAAUCUGUGACGUACCUGGUCCGUUUCAAUGCCCGAACCCGCAAAGCUGUGGACAAGAUGAGGUCAGAGUCACUGUUUGCGUGCGAUACGAAAGUUACAUCGUCGGAGACUCUUGCCCAAGGGACCAUCUCUGUACAUGUCCGGCAUGGAAGGAAGGCUACUGAAGCUGAUGUAUUCGAGUUUUUGAAAUAUUUGGAAGAAAUGGAGUCGUUGGCCGCAGACAGCACAGCGCUUCGAGUCCUAUACCCAGAGGUCGCAGAGAGCAAUACCACCUUCUCUUACCCAGCCAAUACAUACACUGCAAGAAAAGUAUUUCUCUCUACGGAGGAUCAACAGGUGGUUGAUGAGGCCCUUCGCCUCUGCGGGGGAAAGCCGCGAUGGGAGGUCAUUUAUACCAGGGUGAGGCGGAGCAACGAUGAUGCCUGGGUGCAUGCAAAAAAGCCAGAAGAUGCUCGAUACGAAGUGCUCAACGCCUUCAUGAACUUAGAACUUGCUCUGGAAGCAGACGCAUGGGUAUGUACCUUGUCAUCCAACUGGUGUCGUCUCAUCGAUGAACUCCGGAUGACUAUCGGCAGGAAAGCAUCGCAUCCAUACCUGAGCUU